CUACCUACCCUAUGCUGUAAAUCAACUUCGCAAACUCGACAGCACAUUUAAUCUACUUUUAAAAGCCUUUUAUGAUGAUGAGAAACCAGCUGGCUUUGCUGGUUGCCUUUGCCUGCGGCGCGAUAUCGAAGCCCCUGCACCAUCGUUCUUCUCAGAAUUCGACGUCUGGAAAUAUCAAUUGGGGACCCUGCGCGUUCAACGGCACGCUACCGAUAGAAUGUGGUUCACUGGCUGUCCCGCUGGACUAUACCGACUCCAGCGCCCACGAAACCUUGAGUCUCGCGCUAGUGAAAGUACCUGCGAUCAAUGCGCCCUCUCGAGGUAGUAUAUUGUUCAACUUUGGAGGCCCGGGCUAUGAAGCCAUCCAGAGUCUCGCAAGCCUCGGAGCAUACCUUCAGAACGUCACCGGUGGCUACCAUGAUUUGGUCGCUUUCGACCCACGAGGUACGGGAGCUGCACUGGCUUAUUCUUGUUUCGAGAGCAGCCUAGAGAGGACAAUUGCUACCGCCACGUACCCUUUCCCUGUGGGUGAUGCAUACGAUACUGUCAUUGGCCAGUUGUGGGCCAGCUCCAAAGUCUUGGCAAACAUAUGUCAUGAGAGAGCGCAGAAUAUAUCCGGACUCAUUGGUACCGCCUUCGUCGCGAGAGACUUGAUGCAGGUUGUCGAUGCCAUCGAGGAAGACGGUCUGCUUCGAUUCUGGGGUUUCUCCUAUGGCUCGGUACUUGGUGAGACGGUAGCCGCUAUGUUUCCCGACAGAAUGGACAAGAUCAUUUUAGAUGGGGUUGUGAAUGGACAUAACUACUAUCACAGAACCGGCAUUGAUGUUGAUCAGCUUUCAGCAGCCGAUGCUACAUUCACAGCAGCCUUGGGAGAGUGCAUCAAAGCGGGAGACCGCUGUGCGCUGUCUCACUUGAACUCUACAGCAAUCGAUCUCCAAGUCACUCUCCUGGGUCUGGCCAACGACCUCAAGACGGCUCCAAUCACGGUCAACACUACUAUCAUCGACUAUAACUUCAUUAUGAACACCUACUAUCUUUCAAUCAAAGAGGCAGGCCUGUUCCAAGCCACGGCGCCGUUAAUUUUGGAUAUCCUCAAUCAGCAAAACUUAGAGGCCGUGGUUGAAUUCUUUCAGCAAGCCUACUCGGGGAUUGCCUUGGGCAACCCCGAGGCCUUAUACGGAAUCAAGGGCGGUGACACGAUCCCGCGAUACAGCAAGCUCGAAGACGUGAUGCCAGAUAUCGAGCACACGAAACAGACCAGCCCUAUCUUCUGGGGCCUCACCACGGCGCAUAACACCCUCUACGCGCAGUGGCCGUUCGAGGCGAAGGAACGCUACACGGGUGACUUCAAGGUCAAAACCCGCAAUCCUAUCCUGUUCAUCGGAAACACCUGGGACCCCGCGACGCCCCUUGUGUCUGCACACACAAUGAGUGCCGCAUUCGAGGGCAGUGUCGUGCUCGAGCAACACGGAUUUGGGCAUGCCUCAUUGGGUCAGCAAUCGGCAUGCACCUCGAAGGCCAUCAGCGACUACUUCGUCAAUGGAAUACUGCCACCACCCAACACGCUGUGCGAAGUGGAAAGCCAAUUGUUCCCGUAA